CCCGCUCCGGGCGCAGGUUAUAAAGGCUCGGCUGCGGCAGCCCACUGCGGAGUCAAGAUGCGCCCCAAGGAACAGGUGCAGAACAGUGCGGGGGAAGGGACGGGGUCUGGGGACCCAGCAGCAGGGACCCCCGAGACCCAGCCUGCAGCCAGUCCGGCCCCGGAGCCCUCGGCGGAGCCCAAACCUGCUCCUGCGCAGGGAACCGGGUCCGGACGGCGAGCUCCAGGAUCCCGAAUCAAGACAGGAAGAUUUUGUCGGUCCAUGAUUAUCGGUAAUUCGGACGCGCCAUGGACCCGUUAUGUAUUCCAGGGGCCUUAUGGUCCCCGGGCCACUGGCCUGGGCACUGGAAAAGCCGAGGGAAUCUGGAAGACGCCAGCCGCGUACAUCGGCCGGAGGCCUGGCGUGUCCGGCCCUGAGCGCGCCGCGUUUAUUCGAGAGCUGCAGGAAGCACUGUGUCCUAACCCACCUCCCACGAAGAAAAUCACUGAAGAUGAUGUCAAAGUGAUGCUAUAUUUGCUGGAAGAGAAAGAACGGGACCUGAACACAGCUGCUCGCAUCGGUCAGUCCCUGGUGAAACAGAACAGUGCUUUGAUGGAGGAGAAUAACAAGCUGGAAACCAUGCUGGGCUCAGCCAGGGAGGAGAUUUUGCAUCUCCGGAAGCAGGUGAACCUGCGAGAUGACCUCCUUCAGCUCUACUCAGACUCCGACGAUGAGGAGGAUGAGGAGGAAGAAGAGGAAGAGGGAGAAGAGGAGGAGCACGAAGGACAGCGGGAUCAAGACCAACAGCAUGAUCAUCCUUAUGGUGCUCCCAAGCCGCCCCCUAAGGUGGAGUCACAGCACCGCUGCCCACAGCUGGAAGCUCUGCAGCAGAAGUUGAGGCGACUGGAGAAGGAGAAUGACCACCUGCGAGAGGAGGCCUCUCACCUUGACAACCUGGAAGACGAGGAGCAGAUGCUCAUCCUGGAAUGCGUGGAGCAGUUUUCUGAAGCGAGCCAGCAGAUGGCAGAGCUCUCGGAGGUGCUGGUCCUGAGGUUGGAGGGCUAUGAGCGGCAGCAGAAGGAGAUCACCCAGCUGCAGGCUGAGAUCACCAAGCUACAACAGCGUUGUCAGUCGUAUGGAGCCCAGACAGAGAAACUGCAGCAGCAGCUGGCUUCGGAGAAGGGAGUCCACCCAGAGAGCUUUCGCGCGGGCUCCCACGUGCAGGAUUAUGGGAGCAGGUUUCGCGAUCGCCAGGAGGAUGGGAAGAACCAGCGCCAGCGCUCCUCGAUGCCCACGACUUCUGUCGCCCACUAUGGAUACAGUGUGCCUCUGGACGCGCUUCCCAGUUUCCCAGAGACGCUGGCUGAAGAGCUCCGAACGUCUCUAAGGAAGAUCAUUACUGACCCUGCCUAUUUCAUGGAGAGAUGUGACGUCCGCUGCAAGGAGGAGCGAGAGCAGGAACAGGGGGCGAUGCCACAACCCCCACCACCGCAAGAUCUCAAGCCACCUGAAGAUUUCGAGGCUCCAGAGGAGCUGGUGCCUGAGGAGGAGCUGGGGGCCAUAGAAGAGGUGGGGACAGCCGAGGAAGGGCUGGCGGACGAGGCAGACCGGGUGUCUGAGGAGACCGAGGCCUGGGAGGAAGUGGAACCAGAGGUGGACGAGGCCACAAGGAUGAAUGUGGUGGCCUCCGCCCUGCAGGCCAGUGGCCUGGGCCCUUCCCGCCUGGACAUGAAGUACGUCCUCCGGCAGCUGACCAACUGGCAGGAUGCUCAUUCCAAGCGGCAGCAGAAGCAGAAGGUGGUCCCAAAAGGUGAGUGUUCUCACAGAGGACACCCUCCUGCCAGUGGGUCGAGCUUCCGGUCAUCAACCUUGUGAGAGGUGAGGGUAGGUGAGCUCCCCAAAUGCUCACUGUACCUCAGUUUGGUCCCGCUCAGUGUGCUGAUUUGCAUGGACUUUGCCUACUAUUUAACAGGCACCUCCAGGUCCCCUUGGUAGAAUUGUUGCCUUAGUUCUCACUUGUGUGGAAUUUGCUUACAAGUCCAGCUGUCCAUCCACCUUCUUCCUGGGGGCGCUGAACUGAGGACUAGGACUGGGACUGUGUGCCCCCUUUGUACCUCAGCUUCCUAUCUCUGCUCACCCUUCCCCUUAUCCCCAUCCCUAAUUUCUCUAUUCCCCCAAGACUCUCCGGCCCUGCAGCAAACAAACGUGGGGGAGGGGCGGGAUCUUGGAGCAGCAGCCCAGGGUCAGACCCAGGACGCUGGAGGACAGUAUCACUAACUCUCCCAGUGCCAGAGAGGAGGAGAAACCCUGGAUUUUGGGAGUUACAUGCUCUGAGGGCAGGCUUUUUAGGCCCGGCCUAUGAGGAGCUGUCAGUGAGUUCAGGUGAUUUGGCACUGGGUUUUUUUUUCCCUGAAGGCUCUUUUCGUCCUUGCACGCGCGCACAAACACACACACACACACACACACACACCGGUGGGUCGGUAGAUUCGAUCCUGCACCAUUUCUUAGAAGAGGACCCUGAAGUUGAGAGAGCUGAGCUAACUUGUCCAAGGCUACACAGCUAGGCGCAGACCUGAGCCUGUGGGUAGUGAAGCCCUGGUCUGGUCUCACUGCUACGCUGGCUCUUUCUGCACAACACCUGAAGUCUGUAACUUGUAGGCAGCACCCUUUCACGCCGGCUCGCUGUCACUCUUGAUUUUUGGGGGAAGGGGGGCACCAGUGGGUGAAAUAUAUCACUGGAAGAAGCACAGUAAGAGUGUGCCAGUUGUAAUAGGGUCAGCGCUUCUGUGACUGACAAUGGGAAACCUGAAUAACCGUCAGUGGUGUCUCCUGACACGGUCGAUCUUGUCUGAGGUGGGUCAGGCUCGUGGUUCACGUCCACCCGCUUCUCUUCCAGGCUCUGCUGUUUCCCAGCAGCCUGCAGAGGCCCCACAGACCGCUUGAGACCCCUUCUUCUGCUGCCUGGCUAAGUCCCUCCCUUCCUUCCCUUCCUUGGAAACAGGACCUCAGGUCUAUAGGCAGGCCUUUCUCUGUCCUGGCCCAAGCUUCUGCUCUCUUCUAAGGCAGGCUGAAAGAACCCUAGUUCCUCAUUCUGAAACUGGUGCCAAAGUUGUGGCUACUGGGGCCCCCGGGGUGGAAGCAGCCUGCGGGGAGACUGUCUGGCUACCAGACCCAGCUCUGAGACAGGUGUGAGUGGUCAGGGUGGGGGCCCAGGUCCCUAGGGUAGGCAGUUACUGGGAGGACCUUCUCUAUCCCUUGAACCGCUCACAUAAAGGGACCUCCCCAAUCCUGGUUGGCUUUUGAACCUGAUUCUUUUUUGCUAUCCUUCGUCCUUCCUCUGUUUAUAUUGCCGUGUGUAAAGUGAAGUGUAUCUGAGUGGGGGUGGCAGAGGGGUCCCUCCUCCCUGUGACGUCUCGGUCUCCCGUGGCCCGUGAGUUUCCCUCUAGAGUUCUGCCCUUCCCGACAUCUUUGCUCAUGCAUAGCUGCGGCCUCGGUGCCUGCCCUGCUCCUGCAGUGCUCCAUAGUCUUGUAGCUUGUCAGCCUUUGUAUCGAUGUUUGUGCCCGUGUGGAAAUAAAGAACUUGUGAGCUACC